CUGGGGCUGGAGGCCGGUGGUCCCUCCCAGGCCGGUUAUGUACCGCAGCCACGCCGCCAGAUCCCUGGGCCUGACUCUCACCUAGUCACCUCCCCUCCCUCUCUGCGGACCUGGGAGGUGUGCGGCGCAGGCGCGGAGCGAGGCGACGUUCUUACUGUUGAAAAAAAAUGACAGAUGGAAAGAUGCUGACAAGUGUUUUGCAUUUUUUUUACCAUCUGUGAAAACCUCUCUGUAAUUCAUUUUUCCUCACUCCAGUAUUAAGAAUUAUACCAAAUUAAAACGAUAUGAAUGAGUAUCCUAAAAAAAGAAAAAGGAAGACUUUACACCCUUCUCGUUAUUCAGAUUCCUCUGGAAUAAGCAGAAUUGCAGAUGGAUUCAAUGGAAUUUUUUCUGAUCAUUGUUACAGUGUUUGUUCAAUGAGACAACCAGACUUAAAAUAUUUUGACAACAAAGAUGAUGAUUCUGAUACAGAGACAUCAAAUGACUUGCCAAAAUUUACAGAUGGAAUCAAGGCCAGAAACAGAAAUCAAAACUACCUGGUUCCCAGUCCUGUACUUAGAAUUCUAGACCACACUGCCUUUUCUACAGAAAAAUCUGCUGAUAUUGAAAUUUGUGAUGAAGAGUGUGAUUCCCCUGAGUCAGUCAACCAGCAGACUCAAGAGGAAAGCGCUAUAGAAGUUCACACUGCUGAAGAUGUUCCAAUUGCUGCAGAAGUGCAUGCAAUUUCUGAAGAUUAUGAUAUAGAGGCAGAAAACAAUUCCUCUGAGAGUCUCCAAGACCAAACUGAUGAAGAGCCACCAGCUAAACUUUGCAAAAUUCUUGAUAAGAGCCAAGCUUUGAAUGUGACUGCCCAGCAGAAAUGGCCUUUACUGAGAGCUAAUAGCAGUGGCCUUUAUAAAUGUGAACUUUGUGAGUUCAACAGCAAAUAUUUUUCUGAUUUGAAGCAGCAUAUGAUCUUGAAACAUAAACGAACUGAUUCAAAUGUGUGUCGAGUAUGCAAAGAAAGUUUCUCUACCAACAUGCUUCUGAUUGAACAUGCCAAACUGCAUGAAGAGGAUCCCUACAUUUGUAAAUACUGUGAUUAUAAGACAGUUAUUUUCGAGAACCUUAGCCAGCACAUUGCUGACACCCAUUUUAGUGAUCAUCUUUAUUGGUGUGAGCAAUGUGAUGUACAGUUCUCCUCAAGCAGUGAACUCUACUUGCAUUUCCAGGAGCACAGCUGUGAUGAACAGUACUUGUGUCAGUUCUGUGAACAUGAAACAAAUGAUCCAGAAGACUUGCACAGCCAUGUGGUAAAUGAGCAUGCAUGUAAGUUAAUAGAGUUAAGUGAUAAGUAUAACAAUGGAGAACACGGACAGUACAGCCUCUUAAGCAAAAUUACCUUUGACAAAUGUAAAAACUUCUUUGUAUGUCAAGUAUGUGGUUUUCGGAGUAGACUUCAUACAAACGUUAACAGGCAUGUUGCUAUUGAACAUACUAAAAUUUUUCCUCAUGUUUGUGAUGACUGUGGGAAAGGCUUUUCAAGUAUGCUAGAAUAUUGCAAGCAUUUAAAUUCACAUUUAUCAGAAGGCAUUUAUUUAUGUCAGUACUGUGAAUAUUCAACAGGACAGAUUGAAGAUCUUAAAAUUCAUCUAGAUUUCAAACAUUCGGCUGAUUUACCUCAUAAAUGUAGUGACUGCUUGAUGAGGUUUGGAAAUGAAAGGGAAUUAAUAAGUCACCUUCCAGUCCAUGAGACUUCUUGAUUGUUCUCUUUAACGUCCGUAAUGUUGAUGUAAUAUAAUAAAUUUGACUUUUUUGAAGAUGUUAAAAUGGAUGAUUUUAAACAACUUAUGAGAAUUGUCUUUAACAAGUUUUUUUAAUUCUCCAAUUUUCUUGGCAUUGCUAGCUUUUUCAAUAUGUAAUUUAUCCUAAAUGUGGUAUUUU